AUGUUCUCCCGACGAGCCGUGACUUUGGCCGCUAGGUCAGCCCGAACCUUCAGUCGCCCUCAACCUCGUAUUCCUCGAGCUCAAUUCUCUGUCACACGACGCUUACGGGCCGAUGAAGAGGUGGAUGACCCUGAAAUGAACAACAAUUACAUCAAUCCCCCUCGAAUCAAGAGACAACACCGCGAUCCUUAUGGUGACUGGGACGACAAGCAGGAGCGACGCAAUUUUGGCGAACCCGUGCACGAAGACAAUGAUGUGUUGGGCAUUUUUGCUCUGGAGGAUUAUACGCAUAUGACGGAUUCACAAGGUCUGCUGCUGUGGGCAGGCUUCAUCUCAGUAAUACUGGGAAUCAGCUAUGCUGUGUCGGUGACUUAUCCUGGCAAACCAAGUACGCCAACAGAAUACCCAGGAGGCCUCGAUCGGGAACUUGGAGGUGCAGGUGCCCCGAGAGCCUUUAUGGCAGGCGAUGAGAUUGAAGAGGAGUAA